UGAGAAAAAAAGAGCAUUAUCACUUCGCAUGUGCGAAUUCUGGUUUAGAUAGAACCCCAGCCGCCAGUUGGACAUACAUUGUCGAUUUUCUUGUCUACUAUUGUGUGUUCCAUGCAUCGUCCACGCCGUCUUCCUCGAAGAACCCGAGGACAAAGCAAAACGAAGUCAUGCCAACUUACCUCAACCCCAUCGCCUAGCCACCAGGGACGGUGGUCUUAUCGUUCUGGCAGCAUCGGCAGAAGUUCUCUCCUCGUCCAUUCAACGUCCGGCAGUGUCUGCAAAUCCAGGGGGCAGGGCCGUAGGGAUAGUUCCGCGGGCAUUUCCUGCACCUCUUGUGCCUACACCAGCACUCCCCCUUCGACCAAAGCAUCGCCAUCUUGCAACGACAGCAGCUCCAUGUCAUGGAUGAGAGACUUUCCUCCGGUGUGGAAGUGUUUCGACCCAUUUUGGAAGAGGGACCCGGUGUAAGUUUUUCUUCGAGAGUCAACUGUCUAGUAUAAUUACUCGUG